CGGCGCAGCGGGUGACUUUUGACUUUGAUACCUGGCACCAUCAUUUCAUUUCCACAUUUGUACAGGAAAUCUAAUUGAAGAGGGAAAUUGUCUGCGGCCUGGCUAGCGGUCGACCAUGUUUGUUCCUCUGCCGUCCGCCUUCCGAUAUUGGCCUGGCAAAAGUAAGGUUCAAGGCUUGAGUCAUCAAGAUCAAAUCCAAAAGAGAUGGAUUGCUCUAAAAUCUUUAGGUCUUAUCAAAAAUAGAUGUGGACACAUUUGUGUUUGGAAUGAUACUAAAUUAGGAGGAAAAGGGCCAUUUGAAAUGACGUUUAAAAAAAUUACAUCUUGAAAGCACAGUUUUCAUAGUAAUUGUUACAUGAUUUUUUUUUUCUUGUAGAGGGGUGAUUCAUACGUAAACACCUCAGCCCCGGUGGGUGUCACUGCUGUUUGCAGAUGAUAAUUGGAAUUAUCCAGGUCCGCUUCACCUUGUGCCCCCCCCCCCCCCCCCCCCCCCCCCCACAGAUGUUAAUUUCUCCCCUUGGGAGGGAAGGAGCAUUGGUGUCAAUAAGGGCGGGACGAACAUUAAUGUGCUGGUGGGUGAUGGAAUAUAGGCAACGUGUAUAUAUAGUACGUGAAAAGCAUCUGUUCAGGAAAAGCUCUGUGAAAUUACUGAGUAACAGAAAGUUGAGUCCGACACCUUUGGAGGCGCUUUCAGGCAAGAUCAAGUGAGAGUUAAGACAAGCAGAUUUAGGAGGUAAAUAAAAGCUAUCAUGAGUGUAUCUCGGCUGGUUUUGCUGCUUGGACUGCUUCUCUGUAUUGAAGCUCAUCUGUCCAACGCCCAGCACUGGUCUCAUGGUUGGUAUCCUGGAGGCAAGAGGGACCUGGACUCUUUUGGCACAUCAGAGAUUUCAGAGGAGAUCAAACUAUGUGAGAGGGCGGAUUGCAGUUAUUUGAGACCACCCCGGAGGGGUAUUCUAAAGGGCAUUAUUUUGGAUGUCUUAACCAGAGAGCUCCAGAAGAAAAAGUGACAGCUUGCAGCAGCCUGACUCUACUCUUCUUCGUAAUAAUUUUGAAUUCAUUUAACGCAAUGUGCGCUGUUGGCUUCAGCGGAAAGAUUUCUGGCAUUCAGUGAUCAGUUAACCUGUGUUCAAAACAUGCCUUGAAAUAAAGAUUUUAUUUUGAUAUUA